GGGCCGGGUCGAGGGGGCGGGGCCACGGGACGAUGUUCACCGGGACUGGCUCGAGCGGCCUGUAUAAAGCCCCCUUAUCCAAGAGUCUUAUGGUGAUCUUAAGUACACUGGUUUUUGUUUUAACUAUACCUCUUCAGCAAUACCAACAGUACUUCAUCUACAACCUACAAGCAAUAAAGCAAGAUCAACAGGUAUGGAGAAUCAUUUCUGCUCGAACUGUUUACCUUGACCUAAAAGACUUAUUCUGCAGUUGCCUUCUAAUCUACAAUUUUAGAAUAUUUGAAAGAAGAUAUGGUAGCCGAAAAUUUGCGUCUUUCCUUCUGGGUUCCUGGGUGCUGUCUGCAGUUAUGGACUUACUGUUAGUGGAAGCCCUGCACCAUACAUUUGAUAUGUCUGUGAACAUCUUACCAUCUGGUUUUCUGGGUCCCAUCUUUGCUCUGUUUGUGCCAUUCUACUUCUCCAUUCCAAGUGUUCAAGUGGUGCAAAUCCUGGGCAGGUUUUCCAUAACAAACAAAACCUUGGUCUACAUUAUGGGUUUACAGCUUUUGACAUCUAGUACUACUACAUGGAUUUUGGCCUUUAGUGGAUUACUUUCCGGAAUUGUUUACCACUACAAUGUGCUGAAGGUACAGCGAUUACUUUGUGUACCGAAGUGGGUGACCAGAUGUGCCUCAUUUAUUCUUGAACCACUUUUCUCAUCUGCUGAUCCCACUGACGAGGCUCCCAUUGGAAUGGGUGCAACGCUGGAAAUUCAGAGACAGCAGAGGAUGGAAAUGUUGGAUCAGCAAAUCAUGCUGGCUCAGCUUAACCAGAACAACAGGAGACAUCGGUGGCAAGGUGGUCUAAUUAACUGGAAUAGGCUGUUCCCACCACUGCGUAACAGAUUUCCUGCUAACAAUCAACAACAAGAGAGUGGACUGAACAGACCUUCCACAGUUGCUCCAGUUUCUGAAGAGCAGGUUGCAAGGCUGAUGGAGAUGGGCUUUUCUAGAGUAGACGCAAUGGAAGCUCUGAGAGCAACCAAUAAUGACCUUAAUAUGGCCACCAACAUCCUGCUUCAGCACUGACAACAGCAGGUCAUUUACAGGGACUAUACACAUCUGACUUCAGCUUUCUUCAUGCACAUAUUGAGAUUGCACUGGGCAGCGCAGAAGUCAGAAAUGUGUGGGAAGAGAAGGGAUGUACCUGAUUUAACAUCGUAAGAGCUGAUUAUAUUUUGGUAUCAAGUCUAUGUAAGAAUCACAAAAGGUUUAGAUUUAAGGGAACAGACCUAGGACAGUCAUAAUGUUAAUAAAUUAAGUAUUCAAGUUCUCAAAAGGUGCGAUUCAGCAGUUUUUCUAAAAGCAAAUUAAUGUGUUGGUGUAUCAAAUGGAAUUCAAUUGUUCAAUAAACUUGUUUGUUUAAUACA